AUGGCUUAUGCAUUCCUUUUCUUCCUGCUCUUGAUAUUCUCUUUCAAUAUCAUACUUGAAAACAUUCAUGCUUGCAACCAAAGUGAGCGCAGCUCUCUGCUGUCGUUUUCUCUCACUCUGUCAUCUCCUCAGUUGAAUUGGACUUCCUUUGAUUGUUGCAAUUGGGAGGGGAUCACAUGUAAUCAGGAUGGUUGGAUUACUCAUUUGCAGUUACCUUCCAAAGGACUUAAACUCAAGGAAGGUACUUUUCUAUCAUCCUCACUUGGAAAUCUCACACAUCUCACCCACUUGAAUCUCUCCCACAAUUCACUUUACGGUUCACUAGAUCAAAGUACAGGAUUCUUCUCGUCUUUGAAUCAUUUGGAGAUCCUUGAUUUGAGCUAUAACCUUCUUUCCGGAGAGCUACCAUCUUCUUUACCAUCCCAAAACAUCCGAAAGCUUGAUUUGUCCAGCAAUCACUUGCAUGGUGCAAUUCCAACUUCAUUCUUCCAAAAAGCUUUGAAUUUGACUAGUUUCAAUGUUAGCAACAACACAUUCUCAGGUUCUAUCCCAUCAUCAAUUUGUCUUCAUUCUUCUCCCUUGAUUAGGCUAUUGGAUUUUUCAUUCAAUGAAUUUAGUGGCAAAAUUUCUCAAGGACUAGGUGAGUGUUCCAAACUGCAUGUUUUUCGUGCUGGUCACAAUGACUUGUCAGGUUUACUUUCAGAUGACAUCUACAAUGCUACCACAGUUGAAGAAAUUUCUUUACCUCACAAUUCGCUAGACGGAGCCAUUGGUGAAAGAAUUGCCAACCUUACAAACCUCUCAAUCCUUGACCUCAACUCUAAUGUAUUGACUGGCGUGCUCCCUGAAAGUAUUGGCAAGCUCUCCAAACUGAAACUAUUACUCCUUCAGUUCAAUAAUCUUGAAGGUUCUCUGCCCCCAUCUUUGAUGAAUUGCACAAGCCUUGCAGAAUUGAAUAUGGGAUUUAACAAUUUGGAAGGUAAUAUCUCUGAGCUUAAUUUUUCCAGACUUAUCAGCCUCAGUAAGCUUGAUAUUGGGAAGAAUCACCUCACCGGUAUGUUUCCAGUGAGCCUUUACUCUUGCAAGUACCUGAAAGCAAUUCGGCUGAGUGGCAAUGAUCUAGAAGGAGAAAUACAACCUGAGAUUCUGUCAUUGAAGUCCUUGUCCUUCCUCUCGCUUGGUUAUAACAGAAUGACUAAUAUCGCCAAGGCAAUGAAGAUACUGAUGCAUUGCAAAAAUCUUGUAGUCCUAUCCCUUGCAUCUAAUUUUGUAGGUGAGGAAUUUCCAGAUGAUCUUGGCGUCGUCGAUUUUGAUGGUUUCCAAAAUCUUCGAAUGUUAGUUUUGCGUCAAUGUGAGCUGACAGGUCAACUACCUAUAUGGCUAUCUAAGGUCAAGAAACUAAAGAUCUUGGCUCUUGAGUCCAAUAGAAUCACAGGAAUAAUUCCUAGUUGGUUGGGGACUCUUCCAAGGCUCUUUUUUAUACAAUUGGACAAUAACCAAAUUUCAGGUGAAUUUCCGAAAGAGCUUUGUAAACUACCAAUGUUAGUAUCUGAAAGCUCUACAGCUCAAGAUGAUGAUAUUUAUCUUGAAUUGCCAAUAUAUGGAUAUCAGAGUCCAACACUACGGCAGUACAAAUUAUUUUCUUCCUUUCCUCCUGCAAUAAACAUAGGCAAUAAUACCAUUAGUGGAAACAUACCUACUGAGAUUGGUCAAUUGCAGCUUCUUCGUACAUUGAGCCUUAGCAAUAACAACUUUUCCGGCAACAUUCCAGAGCAACUGUCCGACCUCAAAAACUUGGAGAAUUUGGACCUCUCCAUGAAUCAUUUGUCUGGAAAAAUCCCACUGUCAUUGACUAGUCUCAACUUCUUGUCAUCUUUUAAUGUCUCAUACAAUAAUCUUGAAGGAGGAAUUCCAACAAGUACUCAGCUCCAAAGCUUCAAUGCCUCUGCCUUCGAGGGGAAUCCCAAACUUUGUGGUCCACCACUUUCAAAUGAGUGCCUGCCAAAUCCAAAUAAAGGCAUUAAGAAAGAAAAAAACAAUAAUCAAUAUCUUGUUGACAUUAAUGGGCAACAAAUUCCAUGGCUUUCAGUUGUUCUUGGGUUCAUUGUAGGAUUCUUGGGAGUUUGUAGUUCUAUAUAUAUGCAUAUCUGGAAAAUGUACACAGUAUGUGAUGAUAACAGUAUGUAUGCAGCAACUGUAGCAAGAUGA